AUGAAUCAGGUGUCAGUUAAGUCGAAAUUGAAAACUACCGAAUUUAUUAGCAGCCAGAAUAGGGGGGUAAGGUUUAUGAACAAGGAUAAAAACCACCUGAGCACAGUCAGCAAAAAUGUGGCCUAUAAUGAAGGGGAGAAUGUGACAACAGGUGCAAAUUCGCACAAUCCGACUUUUACACACAAAAUUGCAUUCGCAAAGAAUUCCCAUUUGAAACCGAGAACGAAUAAUCACCCAUUUAAGCAUACACCAAAAAGUAGCCUCAAGAACAAUCAAAAGGGUUCAUACAAUGUUUCACGCGUAGAUUUUUCUAAAUUCAAUCAUAAUGCCAAUAGUAAACAUGAUAAUAUAAAUAAUAGUAAUGAAGAUGAUAAUAAUAACGGAGGGUCAAGAGUGGGGGGAAAAAAAACACCUCACCUGAAUGCAACAAACUUUACAAACGAGGAUUCACGAAAAUCUUAUUUGAAUAGGUUAAUGGCGCGAAAUCAGAGAAGUUCGAAUAAAUAUUACAACUCUAAUAUGAACGUUCAUACAAAUCUGAAUGCGAGUGGGGAAAAUGGGAAUCUUCGAGCUAUUGCAAAUAGUGCUGCGGCAAACGACGACAGUAAUAGUAAUAACAUUAACAACGGUAAUAACAAUAGAAAUGGUAAUAACAUUAACAACGGUAAUAACAAUAGAAAUGGUAAUAACAUUAACAAUAGUAAUAACAAUAGAAAUAGUAAUAACAUUAACAACAGUAAUAGUAAUAACCAUAAGAACAGUCAGCAAAGGUUGUGUAAUCAGCCAUACAAUUAUGAAAGUGAGGAAAUUCUUAAUCAUGAAUAUGAGAAUGCACACAAGUCAGAAGAGUUCAUCUAUUCGUAUGCCUCUCCCAUAAAGAGAAAAUAUGAUGCCAUAGAAAAAAAUAUAAAUAAAGGAAUUGUACCCCGAGAAGGAGGAGGAGGAGGAGGAGGGGGACGUCAUAUAGGUGAAAACGGAAGUGAUCCCGAUAAUCAUAAUGUCAAAGUUCCAGUUAGAGAAUAUGAAAAUGGAAGAAGGGAGACUAAAAUACAGAACAAACGAUUUGUCCCAAGGGGCUAUCGACAUGAUAAUAGCAAUUUGCAAUAUGGCAAUCAUUUUAAUAUGAUGGAUACAUCAAAUGGCGCGAAUGAAAAAACAAAUUGUUAUGGAAAUAUGAUUCUUCAUUCUAAUGAAAAUAUUCUAAGCAGCAACCAUACAACAGGAGGUGGGGUGGGAUUAGCACGUGUCAGUCUUGCAAAUCUGAACAGUAGUAAUAGUAACCUCUAUGGAAUUAAUCAAGAGGAUACAAUGAUGAGCAGGAUGAUCCAACCACAAAGUGGGGUAGAAGUGGUGGGUUCAGGGAAUACGAUGAAUAAUGGGGUUGUCGAGAUUAAAAAAGGUGUGAACGGGUCGAAUUGGGCGAAGGGAGCUAACAAUGCAAUAGAUGCAAUUGAUGGAAUUGAGGCUGACGAGAUGGACCAGAUGGACCAGAUUGAUGAGACCGACAUGACUAAGAGAAUGAAUAGGGCGAGUGUGGCAAAUGUUAUGAUGGGGGAGAAUUGUGAAGAUAACCUAAGAGUCAGUGUGGCAGAAAAGAAUUACAAAAACAUUGAAAGGCAGAAAAGAAAUGAGAAUAACACACUUGUAGCCCCAAACCAAAAUUACCAACAUCAGAAUUUUAAUAAUUCGUUGUAUUACCUGAGAGAUUCCACAAGAUUUAAUAGAAGAAGUAUUAGGAACACAAAUUAUAUAACAGACACAAAUAGCGAAAAAAUGAUGAAUAAUACAAUGAGUAAUCACAAUGAUUUGUUUCACUCAUGUACAUUUGAAAAACAUAGUGAGGAAAAUUUUAAUUCCUAUGUAAAAAAAAAAAAAUCCGAUAUAAGAAAUGGUAGCACCAUGAGUAGUCUUAUGUAUAAUUUAGAUAAAGAGAGCUUGGUAUAUAACAAUGCGACUCGUUAUAUAGCAUCAAACAGUUCCUCCAAAUUUAGUAGAUUAUUGAAGAAUAAUUUUAUAGAAUCAAAGAAAGCAGAUUUGUGUAAUUUCUCCAUUCCUGUUCCUUAUUUAGAGGGACAAAAAUUCGCUAGUAGUAGUAACAAUGGUGUGAGUUGUUUCGAAAGGAUGAUGGGAAGUAAGAUGCCAAUAGGUAUGAACGAAAGUGAAGCGAGAAAUAUGAGAUCCUUAAAUUUACAGAAAGAAGAUAUUUUAGAAAGUAACAUAGAUGAUAGCGAACAUAACUUUUAUAGAAAAAUUGUUCAUAAUAUAACGAAUUGCAAUAAUGAUGCAAAUGAUAUCGAUGUUCUUUACAAAAAUGUUAUAAACAUAAAUAAUUAUGCAUUAAAUUUUGAUAAAGAAAAUGAAUACAUAAGCGAAAUUGUAAAUAUAACAAAUAGCAUUAAUGAGAAUGUGAGAAAUAUACAACAAAUCGUUUUAAAUAAAAAAAAAGUUAUUCAAGACAAAAGGAAUUUAAUUAAUGAAGAAUAUGAAAUAAUUUCACAGAAAUUGAAAGAAUGUGAAUCCAUAUUUUGUGAUUCUGAUGGUAAUACAAACGGAGAAAAGAAAUUAAAAGUUUUUUAUGAAAUUGAUGAAAAAAAAAAUAUCCUUAAAAAUAAAUAUGAGGUAAAAAAAAUGCUAUUAAAGAAGGCAGAAUACAAAAUUGAAAAAUUACAAGAAUACACAGAUGCAGUUAAGUUAAAAACGUUAGCCAUUUCUGAAAGAUACAAAAAAACUUUUCUACUUAUUGAGGAACUUUUUAGACUUAAAAUCAUCAAGGAUAAUGAGAAUGAGCUAGAAGUGUGUCUCAUUCCUAAGAAUACAAAAAUGAAUAUGUGGCAUAAACUACAACUGGAUAAGAGAGAGAUGACACCUGAUACAUGUGAUUACCUUUGGAAUCAGAUAGAGUCCUUUGUGGACAAGGAUGCCCUCAGUAAUUAUCUAUAG